AUGGCCGGUCGAGAUCGAGACGUCGUCACCCACUUCAAUAUCUCCAAUCCAUAUCCUACAGAGUGGCCGCAAGAACUCGACAGCGAUGACGACGAGGACGCCGCUGGCGGGGUGAGACGCUCAAGGUCCCGAUAUAGUGCGCUAGAGAGGACCGCCAGCGAGAGGAAGAGUCUGUUGCCUGGCUCUCAGAGAACCGGGGAUGGCCGUGCGAACUUGGUUCAGAAGGACGAGCCAGAUCCUCUUGGCGCUCCAGGCACUGUGCUCUCCAACUUGCGGCAAAAGGGACUGCCGGUCGAUGCGGAUACACGGCUCAAGAACAAGUUUAUGCUGUCGUCCACCACGUUUGCCCCGGAAGCCUUCUUGGCCACAACUCAUGACCAAGACACUGCAAGUGACCUUGUGGCGGGUUCGAAUUAUCUCGCCAAAUCCAUAGAUCAGCAAUCAGCACCGUUGAAGAAUCUGGUUGAGUCCAAUUUCGAGCGGUUCGUCCGCGCGAAGGCCACAAUUGACAAUGUGUACACCGAGAUGCGCGGUCAGGGCGUCGACCCUCAUGCCAACGUCCCACCUUCGCCGUCACAUUCGAACCGCCAUUCCCGACGAAUUAGCGGCAUCCAUUUUCGCAACAUCAGCACUGGCAGCGCUACUGGCGCGGCACAGUCCCAGCCGCCGGGCAAGAAUGCUCUACGAAAGGAAACAGAGUAUGGUGUUAAAGGCGUCAAAACCUCUCUCUCAGAAGUUGCCCAGAAAGCCGAAGAUGCCUGGGGACCAGCAUUAGGCGGGAAGAAACGUGAAGAAAAUCUCAAAGUUCUUUUAGGCUCCGUUGAGAAAGACAGAGAAGUCUGGGUGCUCGCCAACAGAUUAGAAAACGCCGUCAAUCAGAGAGACUACGACAGUAUACGCGAGCACUACAACGCCGCUCGUCGAUACAGGGCGGAGGUGCAGGCCAUGGCUGAGAAGACGAAGCAAGCCGGCCACAAAUUCACCAAGGACGAGACUUAUUGGGUCAUCAUCAUUGGCAAGAUGUGGUCCAAAGUCGACGAGCAAAUCAAGACGUUCAAGAAGGAUGUCUGGCGGAGGCUUUCCACCCCCUCAGCAGCUUUGCCUUUACCCGGCGUCUCUCAGAAGGAAGAACAUAUUGAACUCAUAAGCGUUCUUUUAAACCUAGGCGUGGAUGACAGUCCUAUCUGGGUCUAUCUCCUAAGCAAGUACGACUACUUGAAGAACAAGAUUACCGCGAUUGUAGAGAGAUCGAGGAUCGAAGUUGAGAUCCUGCGCCGCCGUUUGGCACUCGCAGAACGUCCAUCAUCUCUGACUAUUGCAGCGUUCUUGCGCCAGGCUUCCAAAGAGCGUCCAGAGGCUCUUGACACGGAUGAUGUUAUCGAUUUCUGGAACUGCAUUUUGACCUACGUCACGAAAUUGUUGUCAGUCUCCAGCGGACUACUAGGCGAGGUCGUCGAAUUUUGGGAGUCAGCACAGUCUUUCAUUGAUGGUACGAAGACGAAAUCCCUGCCCACUGGCUAUCAAGGAGAGAGUGCCAAACACCUUCAGAUGGCCCAGGAAGAUAUCAAUGGACUUCGAAACGGUGCUGUUGAACUUGUUGGCCAGCUGCGGGAUGCUGUCUUUUCACUGUUUGCGGAUCCACCCGCCGAAGAUAUUUCGUCUCUCUUCUCCCCAGUGCCUGGCUCCGCAGGAACACCAACCACUCCUUACCCGGCAUCGGCAUUUUCGCCUACCGACGGCCGCAUUGGAAAGCUUGACCCCAACGACGUCCCUGUUGCAGCAAAGAAGGGCGAGCCAUGGGAAGACUUUGCAUUCUGGCCACCUCACUCCAACGCGCUGAGUGCUGUGCAAUAUCUUCAGAAAAUCCUCACCCUUGUCGCAAUCUCCGCCAACGAGAUGGUGGCUCUAGGCCCAGUUAACAGCAACAACGCCAUGUAUGAGAGGAUCAAGACAAUGACUGCCGGAGCUCGGGAGCGUUCCAUGCGAGCUGUUUGUGAAGCCUGGAGCAAGGAUGCUGAAAGCUGUAAGUCCAUGGAAGAUUGGAUCCGGGCACCCGAAAAGCGCGACCAGACACGAAUGCCACUAUACUUCGAGGCAUUCGAGAGAAAGGUGUUGCUGGGGAUGCAACAAGUACUGUACUUCUCAGACACGACCACUAAGCCCGGUGCGCGUGAGGUUAUCACUCCGCCACCAUCGAAGCUCCUGCAAAUGAUACGAACACAAUUCGUCAGCACAGUCUACAAAGCAGUCAGUGGUAUGCUCGACAACACAGAGGUGGCGGAACAAGGUGACGAGGAUGAAUGGGUGUUAUCAGCCGGCCUCAACUCUGUGAACACCGGCGCAGACCCGGGCGACAUCCUGGUCCAGGACGCGAUCAAUGCCUCCAGUCGCAGUGUGCGCCUGCUGCUGACCAUGUCCAACACCAAAGCCCUACGCAACGAGCAGGUCCCGUCGCUCAUUCAAUUGUUCGAAUCCUCAUUCUCCGUGAAACUUGCAGACGAGUCGAAAUCGAUAAAAGACGUCUUUGGCCAGAUCGACGCCAAGUUGUUCCAUGCAUAUACUCGCCCGAUCGUCGCCGAAUUGACCAAGAUCAUCAAAGAUGGCAUCAAUUCUCCAAGCUGGGUGCCCAGUACCUCGAAACCCGUGCAAGUCCAGCCCUAUGUUUAUGCGGCGCUCAUGCAACUGGUCAAGGUGCACAGCGAGGUUUCUACCACAGUGUCGAGCACAGGUUACAGCAGCCCACUGCUAAGCGAGAUUCUGUCCCACCUGCUCGAAAACGUCUCUCAAGCCCUCCUUGACGGGUUCAAAGAGCGGAAGCCAAACACCUACACCUUGCCAGCGUUGAUGCAAGCCACUCUUGACACGGAAUUCAUUGCUCAGACCAUGGCCCAAUACGCCACUCCCAAGGCGGGGGAGAUCCAAGGGCAGAUCUACACAGAGUUGGACAAGAGGACCACCAACGAAGCACGAACACGGUUGCAACAGGAAUUAGGAGACAUGAGGAUUGUGUUGAAGAAGCUGAGAGAGGGCAGCAGGAACAGCUUUGGCUGCUUUAAGAAGCUGAGAGGCACCGAUAAGGAGAAAGGUAGACAGCAAAACAGUGCAACGGCGUAG